UUUUAACCUUUAAGGUCCCUCCUCAAAUACAGGUGGUUAUAAAGACCAGAUCCAUCCUAAGCACCUCUCUCAUAUCACCUGUGCAGGACCUUUUCACUACCCACAGGAUCACCAUGGGGACAACCAAGGAUAAACCGAUAUGGAGGCUGAUAUGCCUGGUACUACUGAUCAGAUCAACACAAACAGUGAGCCCCACCACAAGUGUAACAAUCAUCCCGACUAUGAUCACGACUAUACCCACACUUUCAGGAGUGAAUGUCUCACACAAUGACCAGGUCUGCAGCACAUGGGGUAACUAUCACUUCAAGACCUUCGACGGGUACUUUUUCCAGCUCCCCUCUACCUGCAACCAUGUUGUGACCUCACUGUGUAAGAGCAGCUAUGAGGCUUUCAACAUCCAGAUGAGGCGGCAGGUGGUGGACAACCAGCCCACCAUUAGCAAGAUCACCAUGAAGCUGGAUGGUGUAGUGGUGGAGCUAUCCAAGGGUGUUGUUGUGGUCAAUGGGCAGACGGUGACCCUGCCGGUCAGCUUGUCUGGAGUCAGCAUCAUGAAGACUACAUCCAAUGUGAAGGUCAUAGCCAAACUGGGGCUGGUUGCCGUCUGGAACAAGGAUGACUCCCUAAUGAUUGAAAUGAACGAUAAGUACAGAAACCAGACCUGCGGACUCUGUGGUGACUUUAAUGAAGUCCAAACAUACAACGAAUUCAUCAUCAAUGGUGGGAAACUCUCUAGCUCUGACUAUGGAAACCUCUGGAAAAUGGAUGGUCCUCUGGAAGUCUGUGAGGAGCCUACACUAACUUCUGAGGAGAGUUGUGGAGAUGAGGAAUUUUGUCAGCAGCUGUUCUCCAGUGCAGCUUUCAGUAGCUGCACUAAUUAUUUGGACAAGGACGCCUUUGUCGAGACCUGCCUGGCUGACCUGUGCCACUGUGAUAACAGCAUCAACUCCUUCUGCCUGUGCAACACUAUCUCAGAGUACUCCCGUCAGUGUGUUCAUGCAGGGGGGAAGCCCCAGCAAUGGAGGACUGAACAGUUCUGCUAUAAGACAUGCCCCGACAACAUGGAGUACCAGGAGUGUGGAAGCCCCUGUGUUGACACCUGCUCCAACCCAGAGGCCAGCCAGUUGUGUGAAGACCACUGUACAGGCGGCUGCUUCUGUCCUCUAGGUACUGUUUUUGAUGACGUCAACAACAGUGGCUGUAUUCCAGUGAGAGAAUGCCUUUGUGUCCACAAUAGACAAGUAUACAAAUCUGGAGAAUCUUACACCAGCAACUGUAAAGAAUGCACCUGUGCUGGUGGUCAGUGGGCCUGCACAGACAAGGACUGUCCUGGGACCUGCUCUGUGGAGGGAGGAUCCCACAUCAACACCUAUGAUGGGAAAGCCUACACCUUCCAUGGGGACUGCUCUUACAUUCUGACCAAGCAAUGCAAUGGAACUGAAUUCACCGUGCUGGGAGACAUUGUGAAGUGUGGGUUGACUGACACUGAGACAUGUAUGAGGGCUGUUACCCUUGCCCUCUCCAGCAGAUCCACUGUGAUCCGAGUCCAGUCAUGUGGAAGUGUUUUUGUAAAUCAGAUUCUUUCUCAGCUCCCACUCUAUACAGCUGAAGUGACCGUCUUCAAGCCCUCCUCAUUCUUCAUUGUUAUCCAGACAACUCUUGGAGUUCAACUUCAGAUCCAGCUUUCACCAGUUAUGCAGAUCUACAUAACUGCCAUCUCAUCCUACAAAGGAACAACCUGUGGCCUUUGCGGAAACUACAAUAAUGUUCAGGCAGAUGAUUUCAGAGUCAUCAGUGGAUUGGUGGAGGGCACAGCUGUAGCUUUUGCCAACACAUGGAAGACCAUGUCUAGCUGCCCUGAUGUCAAGACUAGCUUUGAAAACCCCUGCAGUUUGAGCAUUGAAAAUGAGAAAUAUGCCCAGCACUGGUGUUCCAUGUUAUCAGAUCCUAAAGGAGUGUUCUCGCCUUGCCAUUCUGAAAUAAGACCUGACACCUACAAAACCAAUUGCAUGUAUGACAGCUGUAACUGUGAGAAGAGUGAGGACUGCAUGUGUGCUGCCGUCUCCUCUUAUGUCCACGCUUGUGCUGCCGAGGGUAUCCAGCUCACUGGCUGGAGAGACACUAUCUGCAGUGAGUAGACAAUGCAUAAAUUUGCCACUUGCCCCAGUCAAACAGUUUAUACCUACAACAUGACCAGCUGUGGACGCACCUGCCGCUCCCUGAGCAUGACAGACCAAUCUUGCCAGGUGGAGUUUGUUCCAGUGGACGGAUGUGGCUGUGCAGAGGGCACCUACAUGGACGAGGCUGGCCAGUGUGUUGCCCCCACCAACUGUCCCUGCUAUGACAAGGGCUCGGUGGUCCCUGCAGGAGAGACUAUCAGCAGAGACGGUGCCACCUGCACUUGCAGACAAGGGACACUGAGUUGCACUGGGGGAGCAACAUUAUCCCCAGUAUGCACACUGCCAAUGGUUUUCUUCAACUGCUCAACUGUACCUCCAGGAGCGUCAGGUUCAGAGUGUCAAAAGAGCUGCAAAACUCUGGACAUGACCUGUAUUAGCACAGAGUGCACAUCAGGUUGUAUGUGCCCCAACGGACUGGUGUCUGAUAGAAACGGAGACUGCAUCAAGGAGGAACUUUGUCCUUGUGCUCACAAUGGAGCUACUUACCAAGCUGGAGAGACCCUUAAGGUUGACUGCAAUACAUGUACUUGCAAGGACAGACAAUGGCAGUGUACCACACAUCUCUGUGAUGGAGUUUGUGCAAUCUAUGGAGAGGGUCACUAUAUCACUUUUGAUGAGAAAAGGUUCAACUUUAAUGGAAACUGUGAAUACACUCUCAUUCAGGACUACUGUGGCAAUACUAAUGGCAGUGGCAGCUUCAGAGUCCUCACUGAGAACGUUCCUUGUGGAACUAAAGGCACCACCUGCUCCAAGACCAUCAAGCUCUUCCUGGGGACCAGUGAGCUCAUACUGGCAGAUGGGAACGCUCAAGUUGUCAGGAGUACUCCAGAAGAGCAGUUUCCUAAACAGAUCAGCCUUCUGGGGAAUUAUCUGGUCAUUGAAGUCAAAAGUGGUCUAAUCCUCAUGUGGGACAAGAAGACCAGUCUCUUUAUCAAGCUUAGCCCACAAUACCAGGGGCUGGUGUGCGGUCUGUGUGGAAACUAUGACGGCAACGCAAACAAUGACUUCACCACUAGAGCCCAAGCGACUGUUGUUGAUCCGGUGGAAUUUGGAAACAGCUGGAAAGUUUCAUCAAGCUGUCCAAGCGUAACCGCUGUAGUGCACCCAUGUGCCUCCAACCCGUACAGAGCGUCUUGGGCCCAGAAACAGUGCAGCAUCAUUAACAGUGAUGUCUUCACAGCCUGCCAGAACCAGGUGGACCCCUCUCCCUACUACGAUGCUUGUGUGAGAGACUCAUGUGCUUGUGACAGUGGUGGAGACUGCGAGUGCUUCUGUACCGCAGUGGCAGCUUAUGCUAAGGCCUGUAAUGAAGCUGGAGCAUGCGUAGCCUGGAGAACCCCUCGAAUUUGCCCACUGUUCUGUGAUUACUACAACCCUACUGGAGAAUGUGAGUGGCACUACAAGGCAUGUGGAGCUCAGUGUAUGAAGACCUGCAGAAACCCUUCCGGAGACUGUUCUAGUUUAAUUCCAGCAUUGGAAGGCUGCUAUCCUAACUGUCCCGCGGCACAACCUUACUUCAAUGAGGAGACAAUGAAGUGUGUGGAGAGGGAACAAUGUGGCUGUUAUGACUAUGAAGGAAACCAGUACACCAAUGGACAGAAUCUUCCGGCACAAAAUUGUGAAACAUGCACCUGCACAAUGACUGGAGUGAGCUGUAGUUAUGAUGUAAAUGAUUGUACAUGCUUGCAUAAUGGUAAACAACACCCAUAUGGAGAAACCCUCUACAAUACAACAGAUGGGAUUGGUAACUGCAUUGUUGCUGUUUGUGCCUCGAACGGAACCAUUACCAGGAACAUUUCCCCUUGUAAAGUGACCCCAACUCCAGUACCAACCACAACAUCCCCUCUGACCACAACAACUGUCCAUGCAACUACAACACAGACCUCUACAACAACACUAAAGCCCACAACUGUCUUCCACUUCUCAACACCUGAACCAACAUCUACUUGGUCAUCCACAACAAUGGAGACAACACCUGAAAUCACUAUUGGCACCAUAACUUCAUCAUUAAAUCCUUCAACUACAACAUCUGAAGCAAGUACAAUCACAAUUCCCAACCCGACAACUGUAACUACAACAACUACGGUACCCUCGACCACAGCUACAUCGACCACAGCUGAAACUUCAACUAUGGAAGAAACCACAACUAAGACCAUCAUAUCUACAAAGCCACCUAAAGUAGUCACCACUGGUACCAGAACAACGACAUCACAUGUCACCACCAAACCUUCAGUGACUUUGAUUGAGUCAAUUACAAAAACACUACCUUACUUUACAGGUACAUUGUGGCCUUUAACAUUAACAACACAGCCCUCAACAACAACAGAAUCAGUAAUCACAGGUGGAAUAUUGACAACAGAGCCUAACUCCCAGAUUACCAAUACAAACAUCUGGGAUAUUCACACACAACACAGCAUCAUCAUCUACAACUGUAAAUGUUGA